AAAGACCAUGCCAAACUCCAGUUACACACUCCCACUCUAACACAUACUUCCCUGCUCUUUUUCUCUUCACAUGGCAUCACUACUCGGAACUUGCUCCACCGCAACCUUGGCCCCUCGUCCUCUCUCAUCUCCCUCUUCCAGGACUUCAGUUCCCUCCCUCUCUUUGACCCAAGGGCAGAGUUGUGGUACUAAGUUUUAUGGAGGGUUGAGGAUUCAUGGGAAGAAGAGCAGGGCUCAGUUCCAUGUUGCCAGUGUUGCAACUGAAGUCAACCCUUCCGAACAGGCACAGAGGCUUGCUGAUAAGGAAAGCCAGAGACCGGUGUAUCCGUUUGCUGCCAUUGUAGGACAAGAUGAGAUGAAACUAUGUCUUCUAUUGAAUGUGAUUGACCCCAAGAUUGGGGGUGUCAUGAUCAUGGGUGAUAGGGGAACUGGGAAAUCCACAACUGUUAGGUCCUUGACUGAUUUGCUUCCCGAGAUUACGAUAGUUGCUGGUGACCCCUACAAUUCGGAUCCAGAAGAUCCAGAGGCCAUGGGGCCGGAAGUGAGAGAGAACAUUAUGAAAGGAGUGCAACUUCCUGUGGCGACGACUAAGAUCAACAUGGUUGAUUUACCUUUGGGCGCUACAGAAGAUAGAGUUUGUGGGACAAUUGACAUUGAGAAAGCUCUGACUGAGGGUGUCAAGGCAUUUGAGCCGGGACUUCUUGCAAAAGCUAACAGAGGCAUUCUUUACGUGGAUGAAGUUAACCUUUUAGAUGAUCAUUUAGUGGAUGUUCUAUUGGAUUCUGCUGCCUCUGGAUGGAACACAGUGGAGAGGGAGGGUAUUUCGAUUUCUCACCCUGCACGGUUCAUUUUGAUCGGCUCUGGCAAUCCAGAAGAAGGGGAGCUCAGGCCACAGUUGCUUGACCGUUUUGGUAUGCAUGCUCAAGUUGGGACAGUGAGGGAUGCAGAACUGAGAGUGAAGAUUGUCGAGGAGAGAGCUCGGUUCGACAAAAACCCAAAAGAGUUUCGGGGUUCUUAUGAAGCUGAGCAAGAUAAGCUUCAGGAUCAAAUCACCUCAGCUAGAAGUGGUCUUUCAUCUAUACAAAUUGACCAAGAUCUGAAGGUGAAAAUCUCCCGGGUUUGUUCAGAGUUGAAUGUCGACGGAUUGAGGGGAGACAUAGUAACUAACAGGGCUGCAAAAGCUUUGGCUGCUUUAAAGGGAAGAGAUAAGGUGACACCAGAAGAUAUUGCUACGGUCAUCCCUAACUGCUUAAGACAUCGUCUUCGGAAGGACCCUUUAGAGUCUAUUGACUCUGGUUUACUUGUCAUUGAAAAAUUUUACGAGAUCUUUAGCUAAGGGAGGUACUGAAAGACCCUUUCUUUUAAGUUUUGCUGGCAAGAUUGUUGUUUUGUUCAUUUUUUUUAUUAUCUGGGCGUUAAUCUCAACCUGAUUUUUUGCAAGAGGGCAUUAAUGUUUUGCCAUAUAUUCAGAGUCUCGGACUACUAUGUAACUGUUGAAAGUUUAUUGUCUAUAUCAUUGUGAAGCUUGAAGCUCAGUUGAACUACAUAUAGAGAACACAAUUUGUAUGUUUCAUCUGAUUUAUUAUUCUGCAUUGUUCUCUCA